CACACACGAGGCGCCUUCUCUUUGCAACUGGGGAGAAGCUCGCAGCACUUAUCCCUCCUGUCCCGCCAGGCCGCCCCGUCACCCUCUUUUUCCAUCAUCUGUCCAUUGCUGACAGUUUUCUUGUUGGUUGUCUUCUUGCCAACUUUGUAUUGCUAGAUAGCCCUUUCCGGUUUAAAGCUUUCUCCCUUAGUUAGUACAUUUAUAUCUAGUUAAAUAUGUCUUGGCAAGAUUACAUCACCAAUUUGGUCGACGGAAAGACCUGCGAGGAUGCAGCAAUUGUUGGUUUCGUUGGUACGCCGUGUGUUUGGGCCUCUCACCCGGGUGGGGCUAUUGGCCACAUCACGCCACCACAAGUGCAGACUAUUCUUUCCGAUGAUCGGACUGUGGUCCUUAUUAAUGGAGUACACAUCGGUUUACUGAAAUGUUCUGUGAUCAGAGACCAGCUUAAUGUGCAAGAUGUCUAUGUUAUGGAUGUAAAGACAAAGAAUCCCGAUGGGCCAACUUACAACGUAGCUGUUGGGAAAACAAACACAGCUCUUGUCAUCGCUAAGGGAGCAGAAGGUGUUCAUGGAGGAGCCAUCCACACUAAAGUUUGUGAUAUGUGCAAGUACCUGAGAGGAUUAAAUAUCUGAUUCCACUCCUCCCCUUCAGUACUACUGAUUCAUCCAACUGUUCCAGCUGCCAAUAUUGGACCAACCUAUUGAUUUCUUCCUGUACAUCACCUUUAGCCCUUACAUUUUUUUGUUUUUCCUUCAUGCUUUUUAUCCCAUCUGUUUUUGCUGCCCUGGUCAAAUGAACAUUUUUUUUUUGUUUUCAGGGAAGAUUUAUAUUGGAUUUAAGAAUAAAAAAAAUAUGAUGUAAAGUG